AUGUCUAAAAAUCAGCCGAAUUCUUCCAUCUCGGACUCUUCUUCUUCGAGAACAUCCAGAAGAAUUCAGCACUCAGAAAAUGGAAAUCCUGUCUAUCCUAUUGGUGAGAUUGAAUACAACAUGUUAAUCCUUCAAGUAAAAAACAACGCUCCUCGAACACCAGACGUAUUG